GACACUGCUGUGAUGUGCGAGUUGCCGCGCAUGUGCACACAUGCGCAUACGCGCGGCGACUCGCACAUUGCAGUGUGGCUGCUUGUAGCAGCGGAUUGCUGCUCCGAGCAGGCACCUGUAAAGGCAGCAUACAGCGGUCCUUCAGCAGCGGAUCCGCAGCGUAAUACGCGCUGAGGAGCCGCUCGUGUGAACGUACCCUUAAAGUGAUCAAAAAGCUCUCAACUCAAAAUGGCAUUAUUAAAAAAAAAAAUACACAGCUUAUCCCACAAAAAAAAACUUUCACUGUUUCGUAGACUGAAGAAGUCUUUUUUACUAAUAUAUAGGCAUAAAAAAAUCUUUACAAAUCUGGUAUUAUAGUAAAAAAAAUCUUUACAAAUCUGUUAUUAUACGGACGCAAAAUCAAGUUAACAUUUCAUUUACUGUAAUCACCUUUUAAAAAAAAAAAAAGGAAAAAAAUUGGCAGAAUUUUUAUUUUUUUUCUGUUUUGCAUCACACUUUUUGUAUAUUAGAUUAGAUUAUAUGUUAAUAAAGGAAAGAAUGUGUCAUUAAAAAGUACAAGUAGUCCAGUAAAAAAAUAAAUAAAAAAUAAGCCCUAUAUGUCAACAUAAAAAUAAAAAGUUAUGGCUCUUAGGAGGUGAGGAGUAAAAAAAAUAAAUAAACAUUUAAAUGAUAGGACACGGGGGUGGCUUAAAAUGGGGUCUGUCAGGUUUUUGGUAGGGUUUCCGUGUAUUUGGCAGCAAAAAAGAGUUCUGUAUACUUUGCUGUUUUUGCCGCCAGAAGGGAGAUUUUUCAAAACCUGUGUAAAGAAAAAGUUGCCCAGUUGCCCAUAGCAACCAAUCAGCUCACUACUUUCAUUUUUAACAAGGCCUCUGCAAAAUGAAAGAAGCGAUCUGAUUGGUUGCUAUGGGCAACUGGGCAACUUUUCCUUUACACAGGUUUUGAUAAAUCUCUUCCUGGUUGCUUAGUGGAACUGAAGCCAACACAACAAGUGUGAACAGCGACUAAAUGUUACUGUGACAAUAUGAAAGGUGGCAACCCUAACUACAGGUUUGAUCUACAUAGCAGUACACUUCCUGUAAUGUGAUACUACCUCCCGUCCAGAGAUCAGGCUCCAUGGAGAACACAUUUACAGGCUUUUUACCUUUUCUAGCCUCAAAUCCCUCUGUCAUAGUCACAGGAGCACUAGUGCCAUUGGCUGCUGGUGUGGCCUGGGUCCUGUUCAGAUAUUACAAUGGCCCAUCAUACAGACAUGGCAGUGUGGGUGUGAAGACGCAGCAGGCUCUACGUCGGUAUGUGCUGUUUGAAUCCACCCAUGGGAAACCGGACAGCGUACUCCAGGCAUUUAAGGAAUAUGCCAUUAAGGAUCAUGCUAUGAAGAUGCUGCUGUUCACUGUAGAGAAAGAUCAUUUUCUAGAGGUAGUUGCCAAACAGCGUUAUCCCAGAACAACCCUUGUGUUGGGCACACAAUGUGGAUAUUCCGCUAUACGUCUCCUGCAACUUCUGCCCCCAGAUGGAAUGUUGUAUGCUGUGGAACAAGAUGAAAGCAUGGCAGAGUCUGCCGAGGAGAUGAUUCUAGUUGCUGGUUUUAAAAACAAUCGGUUUAAACUGUUGUGUCAACAUCCAGUAGAUGCCAUUCGUGACCUGAAAAGCCAGUUUGGAGUAAAGAAGGUGGAUUUUGUGUUGAUGGAUCAGUGUGAUCGGUAUGUCGAGGCCUUGCUGGCUAUGGCAGAGGUUGGUAUUCUGCACCCUGGGUCUUUAAUUUUAGCAAACAACACCGACCAUCCAACAUCUGAGGACUUCAGGACAUACAUCAAAGGAGCUGAUGGUUAUAGAAUUGUGGAUGCCUGCAAGGGGUUACUGAAAAUGGAAUAUGUACCGUCUGAAUAACCAAAGUGUGAUAGGUGACUGACCAGAUAUACUGAACAUAGCAACAUAUUUAAGCAGUUCACCAGUGGAGCUCGAUUCUAUUUAUGCAAAGGAAGUUUGAGGGAAAAAGCUAUGUUUUUUUUUUUGUUCUAAUUCUAUAUAACCAAGUCUAAUGUGUUAAUGUGUAUUUAUUUGUUUUUUUGUAUGAUUCAAAUUUCGGGUAUUAAACUGGUUAUUUCCCCAA